AGUCACCGGAAGUAAAACCUUCGACCUCAGUAGUCGUUCAUGAGGAAGAAGUCACGACUAAGCGGAUUCUCUCCACUCGGCCUCGCCAUGCCGUCCACCGCCGGACCCAGCAGCCCCUCGGCUGCUCUUGCCGAGGCGCUGGAAAGUUCUGCCCGGCUCAUCGACAGACACUUGCAGGAUGAUCGCUGCUUCCCUGACCUGUCAGAGCUGCUCAGCGUCCCCUCACACAACAUACCAUCCCUCUCUGGAGUGUCAGACAUGGACUAUCCCCUCCAGGGACCGGGUAUGCUCAGCGUGCCCAACCUCCCAGAGCUCAGUGCAGUGCGUCGAGUCCCGCUACCUCCAGAGCUGGUGGAGCAAUUCAGCCAUAUGCAGUUCAACUGCAUGAUGGGAGUCUUUCCUGAGAUUUCUCGAGCGUGGCUCACGAUUGACAAUGACAUUUUCAUGUGGAAUUAUGAAGACGGAGGAGACGUAGCCUAUUUCGAUGGGCUGAUUGAAACCAUUUUAGCUGUCGGUCUAGUCAAACCAAAACAAGGGAUUUUACAGCCUCAUAUCCACUACCUGCUUGUAUUGGCCACAUCUGUGGAUGUCGUCAUCCUGGGGCUAAGCUUCCCAAAGGGGCAAGCUGGAUUAAACGACAGCAUGUCAGGCGGCAUGCAGCUGCUCCCCGACCCCCUCUUCUCCAUCCCCACCGACAACACCUACAUCUUGUCCGUCACCUCCACCAACCUGGGCCGCAUCUUCAUGGCGGGGAAAGACGGCUGCCUGUACGAGAUCGCCUACCAGGCCGAGGCGGGCUGGCUGAGUCAACGCUGCCGGAAAAUCAACCACUCAAAAAGCUCGCUAUCCUUCCUCAUCCCUUCUGUGCUCCAGUUCUCCUUCUCAGAGGACGAUCCAAUUGUGCAGAUUGCUGUAGACAACUCCCGCAACACACUUUUUACACGCUCUGAGAAAGGAGUGUUACAGGUGUAUGACCUGGGUGCUGAUGGACAGUGUAUGAGUCGCGUGGCCACCAUGUCCCAAAACAACAUUGUUGCCGCAGCUGGACACAUCGCCAGGACGAUUGAUCGCUCGGUUUUCAAGCCUAUUGUCCAGAUCUCCGUGAUCAGCAAAUCCGAGUCCUCAGACUGCCACCUGCUGGCUGUGUCACACGCAGGUGUGCGUCUCUACUUCAGCACGACACCUUUCGCACCACCACAUCAAAAGCACACACCGGUUCGACCGUCCCUGCUUGCUUUGGUUCACGUCCGCCUCCCACCGGGGUUCUCUGCGUCCUCCACCUUGCAGAAACCGAACAGGGUCCACAAAGCUCUGCACAGUAAAGGUAUUUUGUUGAUGGUGGCUUCUGAAACCGAGGACAACGACCUUUUGUGGUGCAUCAACCAUGAUUCUUUCCCCUUCAAAAAACCAUUGAUGGAGACUCAGAUGAUGUCUAAUAUAGACGGACACACAUGGGCUAUCUGUGCAAUCGACGAGGCAAGACAAGCCAAGAGUUGGACCCCACUGAACAAGGAUCUGAUCCCUGUCACUGAUUCACCCGUCGUGGUGCAGCAGCACAACAUUCCUCCGCAGAAAUUUGUCCUCCUUUCUGCAAAGGGGAGUCACAUCUUCCAAAAGCUGCGCCCGGUGGAUCAGCUCCGUCACCUGCUGGUGAGCUGCGCUGGAGGCGAGAGCGAGGAGAUUGAGCGCUUCUUCAAGCUGCACAGGGAGGAGCAGGCAUGCGCCACAGCUUUGAUUCUGGCUUGUUCCAACGCCGCUUGUGACAGAGAAGUCUCACAGUGGGCUACCAGAGCCUUCUUCAGAUAUGGAGGAGAAGCACAGAUGAGAUUUCCAUCAGCGAUGUCACCAGCUAGCACUGUCGGACCCAUGAUGAGCUCUCCAGCACCAGGCAUUUUCCCCCCACCGCUGGCCACACCUUUUGCACCAAUGCAUCUUGGGGCAGCCCCCAUCACUCCCAUGUCUGUUGGUCCAGAGGUGAUUUUCUCCGGGAAGCAAAAUGGCAUCUGCGUCUACUUUUCCCGCGUUCUCGGCAACAUUUGGGAUGGGAGUCUUGCUGUGGAGAAAACGAUGAGCAAAGGAAGCCAGACUGUCAGUAUUUUGGAAAGCAGCGUUCCUUCGUUUCACCUGGAGUCGGUCCUCAUGGAGCUCUACGGUCUGAAGGACUUUCUGGACAAAAAUUCUCAGUUCAGUCCAUCCUCUCUUGGUGGUGCAAGCUUCAGUUCCCCAGGCAACCUGCAGCAAAGGCUGCUGGGGUUCAUGCGGCCAGAUGGUGCCAACUCUCAGCAGGAUCUCCAGAGGAAAUAUCACACCACAGCUCAAGUUUAUGAAAAAGUGUCCCUGCAGAGCAUCCAGCAGUUGGUGCAUCGCACCUACCAAACUUUGGCUCUUUGGAAGCUACUAUGCGAUCACCAGUUUACCCUCAUAAUGUCAGAACUCCCAAAGGAGUUUCAAGAGCAGAUGAUGGGAGCCAGUUUCAAGGACGUGGUGAUCCGGGGAAAGGAGCUGUCUGGGGCGCUCAUCACAGCGCUCAUUAACGUCUACAUCAAAGAUAACGCCUCGGUGGAUGCUAUCAGCAAUCACCUGCGGGACAUCUGCCCGCUGCUGUACAGCACUGACGACAGCGUCUGCUCCAAGGCGAAUGAGUUGCUGCAAGGCUCCAAGCAGAUCCAGAAUAGAAUAGAUAAGGAGAGAACACUAAGAGAGUCACUUCGUCUCUACCAGCAGAUCAGCCAACACACUGACCUGCCACUGGUUUGCUCCCAGUAUAGACAAGUGCGUUUCUACGAGGGAGUCCUGGAGCUCUGCCUAACAGCCGCCGACAAGAAGGACCCACAGAGGCUGGGCCCCCACUUUUACAAGAACGGAGAGCCUGAAGAGGACCACACAGGACAGCAGGCCUUCCAGGAAAGACUUUCCUGUUAUAAGUGCAUCACAGACACCAUGCAGGAGCUGGUGAACCAAAGCAAAGCCGCCCCUCAGUCGCCCAGCGUCCCAAAGCAGCCAGGCCCUCCUGUCAUGACUUCUGACCCCAAUAUGCUGAGUAACGAAGAAGCCACAGCCCAUUUUGAGCAGAUCCUCGGUUUGGCACAGAGGUCCCAAGACGAGCUGUUUCACAUCGCUCUGUACAACUGGCUCAUCCAGGCCGAUCUGGCGGAUAAGCUUUUGGAGGUGAAUUCGCCAUACCUGGAAGAACACCUCAUGCAUAUGAUCAAACAGGACCAGAGCAAAGUACACAACAUGGACCUCCUGUGGCGCUACUACGAGAAGAACCGCAACUUCGGCAAGGCCGCUCAUGUCCUGGCCCGCCUCGCUGACAUGCACAGCACAGAGAUCUCUCUUAAGCAGCGUCUGGAGUACUUGGCCCGAGCCAUCCUGUCUGCAAAGAGUUCCUCUUGCAUCUCUGCACUGGCGGCAGACGGCGAGUUCCUCCACGAACUGGAGGAAAAGAUGGAGCUGGUUCGUAUCCAAGUACAGAUUCAAGAGACCUUGAUCCGACAGUACUCCAACCAUCCUUCAGUGAAAACCGCCAUCUCUCAGUUGGAUUCGGAUCUCAUGGACAUCACCAAGCUCUACGGGGAAUACGCCGACCAUUUCAAACUGUCCGAGUGCAAGCUGGCCAUCAUUCACUGCGCGGGACACUCCGAUCCAAUCCUUGUGCACUCGCUCUGGCAGGAAAUCAUAGAGAAAGAACUGGCAGACACGGUGGCCAUGAGUCCAGUCGACAGGAUGAGAUCCGUCAGUUUGAAGCUGGUGUCGCUGGGGAGGAUUUACGCGGGCACACCAAGAUAUUUUCCACUGGAAUUCCUGGUGAAGUAUCUGGAGCAGGAGGUGUGCCGCCUCAACUGGGACGUGGGCUUCGUUACCUCCACCAUGCAGGAGAUUGGGAUGCAGUUGCCACGUCUUCUGGAGGUCUACGACCAGCUUUUCAAAACACGGGACCCCUACUGGCAGCGUUUGAAAAAACCUCUGCACUUGGUGGAGUGUAUCCACGUGCUUCUGUCCGGAUAUGUCAACGACCCAAGCAGAGUGCAAACAUAUGACAGACGUCGCUUCACCAACGUCUGCCUGGACAACAUCUGCGGGUACCUGGUGGAGUUGCAGUCUCUCAGCCCCAACGCUGCCCUUCAGCAGACCAUCGGCAACUUCAAGUCUCUGCAAGCCAAACUGGAGAAACUUCACUGAUGGCACCCAAUCAUCACGAGGACCUCCAACCUCUGUUGCCUUAACUGUCGGUGGUAAAUCUGUCAUGAAGAAUAUACAGGCUGAGUUCCCUGGAGUCACGGUAGGGCUAGUCUUCAGGGUUCAGAGUCGUGGUACAUAUGCAUUAUCUAUCAGAGAGUCAGCGUUAUGUCUUCAAUGAACUUUGCUUGUUUGGUUUUCAAUCUGCAGUAAAGAGCCCCAGUAUGGCUUGCCGUGUGAGUUUAGUGCCAGGAUAUUGCCAUCAGUAGACAGACGAGGCAGGUUUUAUAACUUAUUUAAUGCUGUGUUAUGUCCUCAAAUACAACUUGGAGUGUAAAUAGCCUCGCCAGACUCAUUAAAACGACAAAUACGACUUUUUGUACUGACGAUGUACAUACAAACCACUUGGCAACAGUGUUUGUUUGUUGCCAACCAAACUGAUUUGUUCCAUUUUUUGUACAUAAAAUGUGGUCGCUCCUUCAUUUGUUGAAACAAUAAUCCCCCCCUUUUUUGAUAUUUGAUAUUUUUUAACACGCUGCUGCUCUUCACAAGGCCCGACUGUCAUAUUUGCUUUUGUAGGAACCCCUUUUAAAUGUCAAAAUUUAUAAAAAGCCUCACUUUUUGUCCUUUGCCCAACCGUGUGGGAGAGAACAGCCUUAAAAUGGCUGCAUUGUUCAUAAUGCGACUCUGCAGAGGGACUGUAAUUGGGUUUAAUUGAAAUGACACUCCGGUUUCCUAUGCAGUCAUCACAACAGAGCAGUUCAUUGUUUUUCCUAAUUAGCCGUUCGCUCGGGUAUGCUCGCAAAUGUGAUUUUAGCCUCAUGGAAAUAAAGCAGUUUGGACUUGU